CCUGUCCAAAUUGUGAUGGAGUACAAAAAACAAACAUCUAUAAAGCCUUUUAGGCCCAUUGUUACACUCGGCCCAUUUCAAUCUUUUUCGCAUCAGCUUCAUCCAAGCCGGAUCUUUGAGCCGAUCCUUGAUACCAGCCGGCUCGGCGCCUUAGAUUCCAUUCACAUUCAGUAUACUAUAGUGCUGCCUAACCUCCACUCACUCAAUCCUCUCUUGGCGGCACAUUCGAUUCAGAUGUCAAUUUCUAUGGUCUGAUCUUCCGUAAAAUUCGAACAAUUGGGAGAAAUAUCAAUUCAUGCAACAAUGGAAUCUGUGGAAUCAACCAUCGCCAACAGCAAAAUCCUGAAUGUAGGGCUUCUGCUAGUAGCAACUCUCGUGGUUGCGAAGCUGAUUUCUGCUUUACUGCUGCCCGGAUCCAAAAAGCGGCUGCCGCCGACGGUGAGCGCGUGGCCGGUGAUCGGAGGUUUAAUCCGGUUCCUGAAAGGUCCGGUGGUGAUGCUGAGGGAGGAGUACCCUAAGCUUGGGAGUGUGUUCACUCUGAAAUUGGUGAAUAAGAACAUCACUUUCUUAAUUGGUCCGGAAGUUUCGGCACAUUUCUUCAAGGCGCCGGAAUCUGAUCUUAGCCAGCAAGAGGUUUAUCAAUUCAACGUGCCUACGUUUGGGCCUGGUGUGGUGUUUGAUGUGGACUACACAAUUAGGCAGGAGCAGUUCAGGUUUUUCACUGAGGCGCUUAGGGUUAAUAAGCUCAAAGCUUAUGUGGAUCAGAUGGUUAUGGAAGCCGAGGAGUAUUUUUCAAAAUGGGGAGAAAGCGGUGAAGUGGACUUGAAGUACGAGUUAGAGCAUCUAAUCAUACUAACAGCCAGUAGAUGCUUAUUAGGCGAAGAGGUUCGUAAUAAGCUCUUCGAUGACGUUUCUGCCCUGUUCCAUGACUUAGACAGUGGAAUGCUCCCAAUCAGUGUCAUAUACCCUUACCUUCCAAUCCCAGCACACAAACGCCGUGACCAAGCUCGCAAGAAGCUAGCAGAUAUUUUCUCAAGCAUCAUAAUUUCUCGCAAACAAACAGGCAAGACACAGAAUGAUUUAUUACAGUGCUUCAUAGAUUCCAAGUACAAAGAUGGCAGAGCCACAACUGAGUCUGAAGUCACGGGCCUUCUAAUUGCUGCUCUAUUUGCUGGCCAGCACACAAGUUCGAUUACUUCCACAUGGUCUGGAGCUUAUCUUCUUGAAAACCCUAUAUACAUGUCGGCUGUUUUGGACGAGCAGAAGAAUUUGAUGCAAAAGCAUGGUAACGAGGUUAAUUACGAUGUUUUGUUUGAGAUGGAAACUCUGUACCGAUGCAUAAAAGAAACUUUGAGGCUCCACCCUCCAUUGAUAAUGCUUCUUCGAAGCUCGCACAGCGAUUUUAGCGUGAAGACUAAGGAAGGAAUGGAGUAUGACAUUCCCAAGGGGCAUAUUGUUGCUACUUCCCCCGCUUUCGCGAAUCGGCUCCCACAUAUUUAUAAAGAUCCGGACGUUUAUGACCCUGAUAGAUUCUCUCCAGGGAGAGACGAGGACAAGGCUGCGGGGGCGUUUUCGUACAUUUCUUUCGGUGGUGGGAGGCAUGGAUGUUUAGGGGAGCCGUUUGCUUACCUACAAAUUAAAGCAAUUUGGAGCCAUUUGCUGAGGAACUUUGAGAUGGAACUUAUUUCUCCUUUUCCGGAGAUUGAUUGGAAUGCUAUGGUUGUUGGUGUGAAGGGGAAAGUGAUGGUAAGGUACAAACGCAGAGCUCUUUUACCUUCACAUUGAUUAAUUGGCUAACAUUUGAUCAAUUGCUUGUUUUAGAUUUUGAUGCAUGUUCUUUUUAAGUUUUGAAUCCAUCAAACUUGUGCUUUAUAUAUUUAUUUAUGUAGAAGUAUUUGAUUUGCUCUUGCAGUAUUGAAUACUACUGUUUCAGUUUGCUAUCAACUUCUUGAGAAUUUGUAGUUUUCUGAUUUUCAUCUUUUGUUUUAUUGGGUUAUUUGUAUGCUACAUCGGGUGAUUUCUUGCUGUUGA